AUGAUCACCUUAAGAGGUGUCAGAAACCUUGAUCUUUCUAGUAAUAACCUUUCUGGGCAGAUUCCAAGAUUCUUGGAGCAACUAAACCUGUCUUGUUUAAAUUUGUCAUUCAACAAUCUUGAGGGGGAGGUACCUAUUAGUGGUAUCUUCAAGAACACAAGUACAUUCGCAGUUGUUGGAAAUAGUAGGCUAUGUGGAGGCCUUCCUGAACUUGGCCUACCCAAGUGUGCCAUGUCAGCAAGAUCAAAAAAGGGUUUACAUGUGGCGCGUGCUAUUCUAGUUGUCAUUGUGGUAUGCACGUCCCUCAUUAUAGCAAUGGUGUUGUCAGUACUGUUUUGUAGGAAACAGAAGAAGACACAAACACCGACAACGACAACAGGAGCUUCAUUCAUCCAACCACUUUCAAGGGUGUCUUAUGGAAGCAUACUCAAAGCCACAAAUGAAUUCUCCCAACAGAACCUAAUCGGGAUUGGGACUUUUAGUAAAGUUUAUAAAGGUAUCCUUGAACCAGAUGGUGCCAUGGUUGCCAUCAAGAUUCUAAAUCUUGAAAAUCAAGGAGCUUUAAAGAGUUUCAUGGCAGAGUGUGAAGCUUUGAAAAACAUAAGGCACCGUAAUCUUGUAAAAAUCAUUACAUCAUGCUCGUCUGUUGAUUUUCAAGGGAACGAAUUCAAAGCUCUCAUUUACGAGUUCAUGUCAAAUGGGAAUCUUGAAAGGUGGCUACAUCCAAGUUCAGAACAAGAAACUAAGACCGAAGAAGCUCCACGAAGAUUAAGCCUUCGCGAAAGAGUAACAAUUGCAACAGAUCUGACUCAUGCCAUUCACUACCUCCACCAAGACUGUGAAGUACCCAUAAUUCACUGUGAUCUGAAACCAAGCAACAUCUUACUGGAUAGUGAGAUGGUUGCUCACAUUGGCGAUUUCGGGCUUGCAAAGUUUCUUCCAUUAAAACCACACCAAAGCACUUCAAUUGGAAUAAGAGGCACAGCUGGAUAUGCAGCUCCCGAGUAUGGAGUUGGAAAUAAGAUGACAAAAGAAGGGGACAUCUACAGCUUUGGGAUAUUGUUGUUAGAGAUGAUGACCGGAAGGAGACCAACAGAUCCUUUUUUCCAACAAGGGUUGAACCUCCAUGGCUAUGUGAAGAUGGCGUUGCCUGACCGUCUUAUGGAAAUCAUUGAACCGGCGUUAUUGUGUAUCCAUGAAGCUCCAAAUAUGAACCAUGGUUACAGUAGUAAUGAAGCAAGAAAGUUGAAGAGAUUGGAAGAGAUUAUAAUUUCAUUAGCAAGAAUUGGGUUUAGAAAGGCGAUUCUUGGAUUGCCAUUUGCUAUUGUAGAGGCGAUUUUAGCUAGUGAUGAUCUCCAACUGAACUCAGAAAAUGCAGUUUACCGAUUUGUCCUCAAAUGGGCCUCGGCUCACUACCCUGAUUAUAAUGAGCGCCGCGAAAUCAUCGCGACUCGUCUUGCAAAUUUAUCCGUUUCCCUUACAUGA